AUGGCAUCGUUUUUCCGAGGGUAUGUCCCCGAGACGGUGCGACUGAAAUACAAGGACGAGCAGAUGAUUGCAGUGCACUUCAAGCGACGGUCUGGGUACCUCUUUUCCGGGACAUUGGAUCUCUAUGACGAUGGCGGCGAGUACAAGCUUGUGAUUCGGAACUACCAAGGGGAGUGGGCCGGGACGGUUGUGUUUGCAGACAUGAGAAGUGACGGGCUGCGGUGUUUUGAUAUGCAACGCAACAGUAUUAUCAAGACGCUCUACCAGUUAAAGGACGAGGAGUAUGUAGUCUAUGUCAAGGUUGGCGAGGAUGAAUAUGUGAUGAUGCACAUGGAGCUCUGUCCUGGCGACGAGGAGAUACUGGAGAGAGUCUUGGCGGGAUAA